AUGGGAUGUGCAACGCCUACGCCGCGGCUCCCACUUCCAUAUAAGCUCAAUCUGCAGGCCAAAGCGUUGCAGAAGCGCCGCCUAAUCACUAAGACUGCCACCGUAAGCUGUAGUUGCAAAAAACUACACAUAUAAUAUUCAUUUUCCCGGUUGGCCUUUCCAACAGCUCUAGUCUACGCCCCGUACAAAGUGCUGAAGGCAGCUGCAACUAGGCGCAAGGUGAAAAUAGCCAAAAGGUUAUUUUUUGUACUUGAGUUGGCAGUCGGACUGAAAACCGCAUAUUCAGGGAGCAGGAAGCAGUGAGAAGUGGCGGAGCAAGAAAAAGAGACGAAUCGAAACGCGAGAGGGGCGAAAAGUCGGCCGAGCGGCGGAAUGAAGUUGAUAGCCUGGCCAAAACGAGUUAUGAAAAUCGCCUCUACGGCACUGAAAUAGGCGGCGUUGCGUCCCAAACGCACCUUUCUCCGCUCUUUGACUUUUUGAGCAGACGGAAAGAGUUCUUCGCAAAGUCCUCUCAAUCAUUCGGUGUCGCUUAUUCAUGAGCAGCUCGGUUUGAAGCAGCUUUCAUCAAGUUGAGAUCGCAAAAACGCGGCUUGUGGGGAACGCAAUGACCGCUCUCUACACCUAGAAGUCAAGCUGAAUGAAAGCAAAAAGUCAUUACGGGUCAGGAUUCGGGAACUUAAUCAUAUUUAUUCCGUUUUCGAUGGCCCCUGUUGUUACAACUUUUUUGGAAGAAAAAAAGGAGAAAAAUAGGCGAUUUUCUGAAAAAAAAAAAAGUUUGACAAUGUUCAACCUACGGCGACUAAAAACACAUUAGCUUCACUUUUAACAUUGUCCUUUACAAUCAAUUUACUGACUGAAUCCUGAAUUUGCACAAUAAAACUCUCAUGAUCGCCAUUUUGGAUCCAAAACAAAAUUGAACAGGGUUGGAUAAAAAUCCUAGAUAUAACUCCAGAAAAAUAAGACGAAAAGCAAGGAGAACGCAGAGACACGAAGCAGCAGCCGCGCUCACACUCACGCUCACUACUGCUCUGACGGGUGUCGUUCUCAUCAUUCGAGAAUUCUUUGUGAGUAUUCCCGAGUUCGGUCAGCCUUGCAAGAGUCAUUCACACAGCGUCGAUAACAAUCAGAUACUCAAAACAGAAGCGUCUUCCAGGUCCCAAAACGAAAUGAAGUAA